AUGCCUCCACCACGCCCGCUUCCCUCUACACCUCUGCUCGUCGGCCUACUCGCGAUUGCCACGUGGUUUGUUGUCCGCCCAUUUGUUGAUCCUUUCCCGCCGCUCCCGACGCUCUACACUUCUGUUGGCUUCUCCCUCUAUGCAUUGUUGGCAACACUCUAUGUGAUACCUGCGGUCGGGCCAGCAUUCAUCCGCGCAAACUUAAAGGGUGUGGAUCUCCUCAAGCUCGAUAAGUCACCAGUACCAGAAAGUCAGGGACUCGUCUGCGCGUCGAUAUACAUCCUCCUACUCAUAUUGUUCAUCCCAUUCGCUUUUUCGAAUGCGUUCUCCAGCACAAUGUCGGCAAAAGGCCCUGAAGGCCUCUCUGUCAUUGAGUUUCCUCAUUACCAGCUCUCGGUGUACCUAUCCUCACUGCUUUCACUCCUCAUUGCGACUGUUCUUGGGUUUUUGGACGACGUAUUCGACAUUCGUUGGCGGCACAAAAUCCCGAUUCCCAUCAUCGCAUCCAUUCCGCUUUUAAUGGUCUACUAUGCAGAAAAAGGCAACACAAAUGUGGUUGUGCCACUUCCGUUGCGUUUUUUAUUUGGGACGUUGGUCAACCUUGGCCCUCUAUAUUAUAUCUACAUGUCGCUGCUUAGCACUUUUGCGACUAACAGCUUCAAUAUCCUUGCUGGAAUUAAUGGCUCCGAAGUCAGCCAGGCGGUUAUCAUUGCUCUUUCGGUCAUACUUAACGAUCUACUCUAUCUUCCAUGGCCGCUUGACUUCCGGAUACCCCUCCACCUUCUCGGUAGUCAUACUGAGGUCGAAGUUGGAGGUGUGUGGAGCGCAGGAAUGGCGUAUGGCAGCCGGGAGCUCGUUGAGCGCCAUUUGUUCAGCUUAUAUUUCAUGCUGCCACUAUUAGCUGUCUGUUUGGGCUUUAUGUACCACAACUGGUACCCCGCAAGAGCAUUUCCUGGCGACACCUUGUGUUAUGUGACGGGAAUGGCUUUUGCGGUUGUUGGAAUCCAGGCCCAUUUCUCCAAGACGCUUUUGCUCUUCUUCCUUCCCCAGAUCUUCAACUUUGUACUAUCUUGUCCGCAGCUAUUCGGAUUGGUUCCGUGCCCAAGACACCGUGUCCCCAGAAUCGACCAUGACACCAACUUGCUUCAUCCAUCCCAAGCAUAUUUUGAGAAAUCUCCAUCACCGCUAACGACAAUGGUCCUUCGAAUCCUGGCGGCACUUGGCUUGGCCAAGUUAACGCCGCAUCCAACCACAGGAACUAUUGCUUCGACAACAAAUCUGACCAUCCUCAACUUUUUCUUGGUCCGCUUAGGGCCGAUGAGUGAGAAGAGGCUUGUCCAGACGUUAAUGGGUGCGCAGGUUGCAGGGAGCGUAUUGGCGUUUGUGGUUCGAUAUGGCCUGGCUGGGCUGGUUUACGAUGGGAAUAGACGCUAG